AUGUUUGGCGUUCUCGUUCGACGUCUAAGUACUUCUACUCCGGUGCUGGCACUUAUACAGCCUCCUAUUCAAGUGUUCGGUUUAGAAGGACGUUAUGCUUCUGCUUUAUAUUCAGCUGCUACAAAACAGAAAGCAUUAGAUAAAAUUGAGAAAGAUAUUCAAUUAAUUAAGAAUACACUUAAAAAUGAUGUGAAAUUACGUGAAUUUUGUCUUGAUCCAAGUUUACAAAGAUUAACUAAAAUUAAUGGAAUUGGUCAAGCUCUAAACAAAUUAAAAGUGAAUGAAGCUACGAAAAAUUUAUUUGUUAUACUUGCUGAAAAUGGUCGUUUAUCUAAAAUUAAUUCAGUUAUUGACAAAUUUGAACAAAUUAUGACUGCCUAUCGAGGUGAAGUUAGCUGUACUGUACGAACUGCGAAACCUCUAGAUAAAACAUCAGAAAAUGAAUUACGGAAUGCCCUUAAUGGAUUUUUAAAACCCGGCGAAAAAUUACAGCUAACUUUAGAGAUCGAUCCAUCGAUUAUUGGUGGUAUGGUAGUUAGUAUCGGUGAUCGUUUUGUUGAUAUGUCAAUUGCUCGAAAGAUUCGCUCACUUCGCGGAAUAAUGGAACAACCAAUUUAA